AUGGGUGAAUUCGACUGCUACUGCCUCCUCUGCAGCGGCCCUCUCGUCCCCUGUGACAUUGGCUCCACCUCCCGCGGCCACCUAACCCGGCGCCGACGUCGAAUCUGCAAAAAGCUACGAGCUAUAGAGGAGGGCCAUAGUUUUGAUUCGUUCGCGUCCGACUCGGAGCUUGAAUCUGGAUCUGAUCAAGAUGGUGAUAAUCAGGAUGGAUUGGAUGGAGAGGUUUGGGAGCAGGACGAGAGGAGGAGUUAUGAUCCGGACGUUGCUACUUCUGAGAGGGUUGAGUGGGUUGAGGAUGUGAGGGUUCUGGGGAUGGCGAUGAAGGGUGAGGGGGACGAGGAGGGGAUCGGGAGGACUUUUAUAUCGGGGCGAGCUAAUUAUGAUGAUGCUGGGUUGAUAUACGUUGAGCAAGGCGAUGAUCCAAACCAGCCCUCCAUCGGCGAAAACCCCUACUAUGACUGUUACGUUCCAUCCAAUGACAACGACGUCGUAUUCCCCUUCCAUACGCAUUGUAUGGUCGUCCUCGAGGAAGCAUUUAAGUGGUCUAAUGCUCGCUCUCGACACAGUAGAGAGAGGUCCGUUCCUCCAUUAUCACACAAUAUACCCAAGGAUGGCAUUCCACUUACUAAAUACAUCCAGCCUCGAUCUAAACACCCUCUACAAAACAGCCACACGAAUAGGUGGCCUCACAAAUCUAAAUCUAGACUACGGUGGUAUAUCCGGCGUGGAUCAAUGUUGGGAGUGUAUACCGGGCGAAGAGUACUCCGUAAUCAACCCCCUACAAUUCUCUCUUGA